CAAAUAUACGGAAGUUUCCUUAGCUUUUGAGCGAUCUUAGUAUCUAUACGUUAGGUUAAUGUGUGUGGUAGUGAGAUUUGUGGCCAAUAUCAUUCGAAAAACGCGAAACAUAUGUGACAAAAAGUCAUCUGGUGUUGUGAAUCUUUAUUUGUCGAACCAAUUUAAGUUCUCUACGUAAACAUGGCUACAAGCUGGGAAGAAGUUAAACGGUUGGCAGCCGAUUUUCAGCGGGCCCAACUAACUUCGUCGGUGCAGCGUCUGAGCGAUCGGAACUGCAUUGAAAUAGUCAAAAAGCUUAUUUCGAUGAAGUUGAUUGAUGUCGUAUUUACGACUUCCGGAAAGGAAUACAUUACACCACAGCAUCUUCACAAAGAGAUCAAGGAUGAGCUGGUCGUGGCUGGCGGUCGCAUUGAUUUGAGUAUAUUGGCAACAAAACUGCAAGUUGACCUGGGGCAUAUCGAAAAUGCCGUCACAGAGCUUCUCAAAACCGAAAGGGAUGUCAAGCUUGUACUUGACCAACUCAUAGCUGAUAGCUACAUGGACCAAUUGGCAGAGGAGGUGAACGAGCGGCUUCAGCAAAAAGGCGAGUUGACAAUGGCCGAUAUCAUCAAGUGUUACGAUGUACCAGCAGAGUUCUUGCGUGCUGGCCUCAUGGCCCGUAUGGGCCGUAUCAUUAAAGGUCAAAGCGAAGACAAAGAGGUUCUGUACACAGAAGCAUUUGUCACAAUGCAUCGAUACCGAAUCCGUGGUGCAUUGUGCGCAGUUACCAAACCCAUACAGAUAUCAACCCUCAUCAAGAGCUAUGCACUACCGGAACGCAUCGCUGUAAACAUAGUUGAGCAGUUAAUCGGUCAAAAGAAGCUGCUUGGACUGUUGUCCGGUCACGAUGACCGUGCGUUCUACGUGCCUGACAUCUAUAGUCGUGCACAAAAAGAGUGGGUUACCACCAAUUUCAAUCAGAAUGGCUUCCUAGAGUACGAUGCCCUAUCCCGAUUGGGUCUUGGUGAUCCGAAAACUUUUGCUAAAAAUUUGCUUCAAGACAAAAAAGUCUUGUUCUUGUCGUCGGUCUGUAUAGACGAACACCUGCUGAGCCAGGUAGAGUCUUCGAUGGAAGAGGCUAACCUCACUGGCUCCUGGGUAGACGUGGUUUCGAUGCUGCCUUCGCAGUUAAUCGCAUACGAUGUCAAUGAGAUCAUAUCGCACGUUAUAUCGACGAACAAGUUGAUGAGGAGUUGUAUGCAUAUCAUUGCGGAAACGGUUGUGGUUAGUAAUGUUCUUGUCGAAAGCUGUGUUAGAUCGUUCGAACCGCUGCUGAUGGAAAAGGCCGCGGUGGAUCUCCAAAGCGGAAUUGGAAAACUAUUCGAGGAGCUUGAACGAAUUCCGGAUGAGAUUAGCACUGAGCGAAAAAAGAAACUCGCAGCAGAUGACGAAGAAACGGACAAGAAAGAGGAGAGGAGGAAGAAAGCGACCGGGGGCAAAAGUGGCGGAGGAACUCAGGGCCGAGAAACAAAGACGAAGUCGACGAAGAGAAAAUACGGCAAGAAAAAAGCCGGUGGAUUUGAUGACUCCGAUGACGAUGGCCCGUCAACGAACAAGGGCGGAAGACCGCUAGGUGCUGCUGCCUCGCAGGGGAAAAAGGCUGAAAUUGUGUUCAUGACGCUGAAGGAGAUUACAGAUAACCUUUGUUCACUUGAACUAUUGCAGGGAAGUCCUGAUGAACUUUCAGCAGGUAUAGCAGAACUAAUUGAACGUCAGCUGAAUUUAAAAUAUAAGCAAGUGUUGAAAUCGUUGUAUAUGUCGUCGAUGAAUGCGUCUGCCUCAAAUCGGCGUAAAACCCAUAACGAACUUCAGGAACGCAUCUCUACUGCUAUUGCCCAGAUUACGCUGUACGGGGCUGGGUUGGAUAUCUUCAAUGGUGAUCUAAAAAUCCAAUUAACAAAGUACUUGCUACGUAGUCUGUGCACUGACUUGGUAAACGUCAUCACCGUAUAUCUUACUGCUGAACUCGGCCUGCCAAUCGAAACAGAAAACCCCAAUCCUGAGCAACGAUUAAGAAUGAUUAACAAAAUGGGCGGAGCCCAGAAAGAAACCCUCCUCAAAGUACAUCAGAACCUCUCAGGGAAUAGUGUCGACCAAUUCCUUGGCAAUAUGGAAUCGGUUUAUGGAGCAGGCGUGCUAGAUAUGAUGAUUCGCGUUGAUCGAAAACGUGAUCGUCAAGUAAUGUCUGGCCACAAGCUCACGCUGACGGAACAACUGACCAAUGCAUCCGAACCUGCAUUGGCUCUUCAUCUAGCUGUUUUAGUUGUGAUGCAGACGCAGAUGCAGAAAAUGGUCCAUUUCUCCGGCAAGUUUGUACCGCAGAUGGUAAAUUUCCUAAAAGGAAAGGUAUCGCCUGAUUUGCACGCCGAACUUUGCGCAGUUGAAGAACUAGUGAUGAAGGACAUGAAGCUAGAAGAGGGCGCUGAAAAACAAGAACUUAAAGGCAAAUUGCGGGAUAAGCUGAAUGAACUAAAGGAGCUUGUCGUCAAUUAUAAGCGACUUAGUGAAUCGAAGUAAACGCGAGCACCUUUUUCUAGACAACACUAACAAAAUUAAUUCAAAACAUUUGAAGUAACACUUGCUGUUUUGGGGGCAAGAACUAAUUACAACUUGAUAUGUUACAACUCGAUUCCUCCAGAAGGAGCGAUAAGAGCCUAGAAGAAGAAAAGAAGAUAUGGUGGACGAAAUACGACGCUAACCUCACUCAUUGUAAUUUUAGGAAUAACUUAACGAUGUACAGCGUAUAUUACUCUUUAUUAUUUUUCCUAAGCGUAAGUAGACUUUGGAUGGAACAGAAUUGAAAAGCUAACAAUAAAAUGUUAAUAUAUAAUGAGGCAUUGUGAUUAUUAGAUGGACGUAAUGUAUCGGCAGGAUGUAUAUUGAUUGCUACAAAGUCGGGCGUAUUUCCGGUACGUAAAUUUUCACGUUUGUUUUCAGCGAAUUGUUCAUUUUGAUUAUCUUUACCGUGACCCAUUUUUCUUCUAUCUGCUAAAUUAAACAUUUUUAAACUUUUAUAUAUAAC